GCGGGACUGGGGGCGUCAGAGGCGGUGUCAGGGGAGGCGGUGGCUCCAGAGAUGGCAGUGAGCGAGAGGAGGGGGCUCGCCCGCGGGAGCCCCGCAGAGUUGGGGCAGCAGCUAGUUCUGCUGUUGCUGUUGGGCUGCUGCUGUGGGCGCAUCCACCGGCUGGUGCUGACGGGGGAGAAGCGACCAAACAUCCAGCUGAAUAGCUUUGGCUUCUACACCAAUGGCUCCCUGGAAGUGGACCUGAGCCUCCUGAGGCUGGGUCUUCAGGAGACGAAAGAGAAGACCCCGCUGGUGGGGUUCAGUCUGACCCGGAUUCGAUCUGGCAGUGUUCGAUCCUCCUCAACCCAGGACCCCAACGACUGUCCUCUCCAGAAAAACAGUAGCAACCCCUUGGUUCUCUUCCUUAUCAACACGAAGGAUCUACAGGUCCAGGUGCGAAAGUAUGGGGAGCAGAAGAAGCUAUUUAUCUCCCCUGGGCUCCUCCCUGAAAUGCCAUCCGAACCAGGACUCCCAAAGCCAGAGCACACGGUCACCCCCAAGAAGGACAGUGGGACCACCGCUGCGCUUGACAAGACCAAGUCAAAGCCUGCAGUACCGCAAGGAGACCAGCAGGGCCUCAUUGGGAAGGACAGGGAGCUGGUGUUGGGCCUGGGCCAUAACAACAAUUCCUACAACUUCAGCUUCCAUGUGGUGAUUGGCUCAAGGGCUGAGGAAGGCCAGUACAGCCUCAGUUUCCACAACUGCUACAACCUGAUGCGGGGACAGGAGCAGCCGUUCGACAUCACAGUAAUGAUCCGAGAGAAAAACCCUGAGGGCUUCCUGUCAGCAUCGGAAAUUCCCCUUUUCAAGCUCUACAUGGUCAUGUCCGCCUGCUUCCUGGCUGCUGGCGUCUUCUGGGUGUCUGUCCUCUGCAAGAACACGUACAACGUGUUCAAGAUCCACUGGCUCAUGGCGGCCCUGGCUUUCACCAAGAGCAUCUCACUGCUUUUCCACAGUAUCAACUACUACUUCAUCAACAGCCAGGGCCACCCCAUCGAAGGGCUCGCUGUCAUGCACUACAUCACACACCUGCUGAAGGGUGCUCUUCUCUUCAUCACCAUCGCUCUGAUCGGCUCAGGCUGGGCCUUCGUCAAGUACGUCCUGUCUGACAAGGAGAAGAACAUCUUUGGGAUCGUGAUCCCGCUGCAGGUCCUGGCCAACGUGGCCUACAUCGUCAUUGAGUCCCGUGAGGAGGGCGCCAGCGACUACGGAAUCUGGAAGGAGAUCCUCUUCCUGGUGGAUCUUAUCUGCUGCGGCGCCAUCCUCUUCCCCGUGGUCUGGUCCAUCCGGCAUCUCCAGGACGCAUCUGGCACCGACGGAAAGGUGGCAGUGAACCUGGCCAAGCUGAAGCUGUUUCGCCAUUACUAUGUCAUGGUCAUCUGUUACGUCUACUUCACGCGGAUCAUCGCCAUCCUGCUGCAGGUGGCCGUGCCCUUCCAGUGGCAGUGGCUAUACCAGCUCUUGGUGGAAGGCUCCACUCUCGCCUUCUUCGUGCUCACGGGCUACAAGUUCCAGCCUGCAGGUGAUAACCCGUACCUGCAGCUGCCUCAGGAGGACGAGGAGGAUGUGCAGAUGGAGCAAGUCAUGACUGAUUCUGGGUUCCGGGAAGGCCUGUCCAAAGUCAACAAAACCGCCAGUGGGCGGGAGCUGUUGUGAUCAUCCCUCAUCUCCGACUGACUGACCAUGCUCCUUUGUCCUCCUCUGCUCAUACACACUCCUCCAGCUUCUCUCCCAAAGCGCGGAGGGUGGGUAAGAGGGGUGCCGGUGUGCAUAAGGUACCCAGCUCCCUGGGAGCCGUGUCCCCAAAGCCCUGUUCUCCUGUCCCUCUGAGCCCCGCUGCUCAGCCCUCUGCCUGUGACCCCGGGGCCCCAACCCAGGCAUCCCCAGUGGUCCUGGUGGUCUCACCACCCCAGUGGUCCCUAGGCCCCAUGUCCCUACAGUCCCCUUUCCCCCAAGUAUGGGACAUCCCUGUCCCCACCCGGGACCACCCCCCACACACACAUUUGCAGCUGUACAAUAAUGACCAAUCUGUUUUGCUACCUUG